CGCUGCCUCAGUGCCCGGCUCGCUCCGCUCGCGCGCGCUCGCUCCAUCUUCUGCUGCUGGGGCCAGGAAGGCGGGAAAGGGGAGCAGCAAAAGCGGUCGGCUUUGGUGAACCAGAGGAGGUGGGAAGAUUCCUCUGAAUCUUUGGCUCAGGAUUCUGACCCAUGGGCGGCGUCCAAGGUCUGGCAGUCAGACCCAGAAAAGGCAAGAGUCUUUCCACGCUCAGCCUUGCUCCCUCCUUUGGGUUCUGACUGUGGGAAGUUUCCCAUUGCUAAGGAGCAGCGGAAACGGGACGGACUGAAAUGAAGGACAGCGUGGUUGUGGGAAAGCAACAGUCUUUGGCGCGCGUGGAGCUUCUUUGAAAAGCAAGAGCCGGUGGCUUGUUUCUCCCCUUCCCUCCUCUGAGCUGCUAGUAUAGGCGGGGGACGAGGAGGAGCGGAGCGGGUGCUCAGCCUCUGGAUUUUGCUCGCUGAGUUAGAGAGGGAGAGCCGGUAGUUCGGGGGGCAUCCUUCUGAAAGGAUUUCAGUGGGAGCCGCGCGGGAGCGGAUCUGGCAGGCUACCGCUGUGCCGUUAGAGUUUUAUUUUCCUGGCAGCGCAGAGCAUGGCAGCAGAAGCACCUGCCACCACCAGCGACCUGAAUCAGACCUGGGGCUCGUCCUGGCUGGACUCCAAUGCCUCCAGGUCCCCCCUUCCUCAGCACUUCUCCUUCUCCAAGGAGAAGAUCAGCUUCCUCUCUGAAAUUGGCAUUGAGAACUUUAUCACCUUGAUUGCCUUUGGCCUCAUUUUCACCCUGGGGGUGAUGGGCAAUUCUCUGGUCAUCACGGUGCUCACCAGGAACAAGCCAGGCAAACCCCGCAGCACUACCAACAUUUUUGUGCUCAACUUGAGCAUUGCUGAUUUGGCCUACUUACUCUUCUGCAUCCCUUUCCAGUCUACCGUGUACAUGUUGCCCAGCUGGGCUCUGGGUACCUUCAUCUGCAAGUUCAUCCACUACUUCUUCACUGUCUCCAUGUUGGUCAGCAUAUUCACCCUGUCGGCUAUGUCUGUGGACCGCUAUGUGGCCAUUGUGCAUUCCCGGCGCUCCUCAUCCUUGCGGGUGUCCCGUAAUGCACUGUUGGGGGUAGGGAUCAUCUGGCUUAUCUCUAUUGCCAUGGCUUCCCCUGUGGCUCACCAUCAGCGCAUUGUCCACCAAGAACUCCUUAACCAGACCUACUGCUGGGAAGUGUGGCCGGAUCUCCAGCACAAGAAAGUGUAUGUGCUGUGCACCUUCAUCUUCGGGUAUUUGCUACCUUUGCUGCUCAUCUCCUUUUGCUAUGCCAAGGUCCUCAAUCAUCUGCAUAAGAAGCUGAGGAACAUAUCAAAGAAGUCAGAAGCAUCCAAGAAGAAGACAGCUCAAACUGUCCUUGCGGUUGUAGUGGUUUUUGGGAUAUCCUGGCUUCCACAUCAUGUUGUCCACCUCUGGGCUGAAUUUGGAGAUUUCCCCCUGACUCAAGCUUCAUUUCUCUUCAGAAUAACAGCACAUUGCCUGGCUUAUAGUAAUUCUUCAGUGAAUCCUAUUAUAUAUGCAUUCCUUUCUGAGAAUUUUAGGAAGGCCUAUAAGCAAGUGUUUGAAUGCCAGAUUAGUCACAACUCGCCUCUGAAUGAAGUUAAAGAUAAUAAGAGUAAUAUUGACACACCACCAUCUACUAAUUCUACACAUGUUUGAAGAAUAAAUGUCUCUGGCUGUUGUACUGCAGUUUCAUAUGAAUGGACUUGCUUUAGCUGCUUGUAUUUAAAAAGUGCAAUUCCCAAACUGAGCAAGUAUUUCAAGGUUUGCAUUGGUAAUUGGUAUCCAACUUACUGAAGUUCUGUUUAUUUUGUUGUUGAAAGGAGUAAGAACAUCUGGUUCAAAGACAAAAUGCUUUAAAUCACUUCUUUCUGAAAGAAUUUUGAAUGACAAUAGUUUUUAAAAAUUGUAUCAGAAGUUAAAUAAGAUGAAUGUAUACAGUACUGUAGAAUUCAUUAUAAUGUAUAAUUCAUUACAUGUAUAAUGUAUUAAUUUUAUGCUUAGCAUAUUGUUUCCUCUCCUAUACAAAUGUAUUAAUAUAAAUCACUUCAGCCAUUAUUUCUCAAUAUGUAUAUUUCAUUUUGUCUAUCCCAAAUGAAAUGGGAUUCAAAUUGAACCAGAAG